UCCCGAUCCCGAUCCCGAUCCCGACCCCCAUCCCGAUCCCGACCCCGACCCCCAUCCCGAUCCUGAUCCCGGCGCGAUGUGAGCGCUCCCGCACCAUGUCCCGGCAGCGAGACCUGGACAAGCUGCUGUCGGACCUGCGCUCCUUCCUGCUCAUCCUGGACCGCGAAAGCCUCAGCGCCGCAGCUCGGGCCAAGAAAAAAUCCGUGUCCGACCUCCUGUCCCGGCUGCAGAGCCCGGCGUCAGAGGAUGCAGAGUACAUGAUCAUGCGCUGCCUCUCGCCCUCCCCGGGGACCCCGCAGGGCCGGACCAGCCCUGGAUCCCGGACGGUGGAUGCGGGGGGAGGCUGCGAGCGCCGCCCGGGCAGCGCCCCGAGCCCGCCCCGAGCGAUCAAGGCGCUGGCUGUCCCCCCGUCUCCCCCAGCCGACGACUCCUACGAAGACGCCGAUCCCCCCGGGCAGGGCAGAACCGGCGGUGGCGACAGCGACAGCAGCCACUACGAGUCGUACGGAGAGGAGGAGGAGGAAGAGGAAGAGGGGGUGACGGACCGAGCCCAUUACCUGCGCUGGCCAUCGGCCACCAGCGCCGAGGCCGAGCCCCCCGGGCGCCCCGAGGCUCAGCUCUGCGGCUUCCUCUGGAGGAAGCGCUGGCUCGGGCAGUGGGUGAAGCAGCUCUUCAUCGUCCGGGAGCACGCGCUGCUGGGUUCCUGGCUGUGA